CCCUCUGCGGGGGUGCCACCAAGAGCCCAGCCUGCCCCUGCCUAUCAUGACUACACUGCUGGGAGACUAGCUGUGUCAGGGACAGUCUGGCCUGCCUUCCACUUGACUGCAGCUGCUUAGCUGGCAGGUGCCCUCACCCAUGGGGCCUGCCUGGGCCCAGGCCCACCUGACUGGUGAUCUCUGGCUGCUUCUGCUGUGUCUACUCCUGCCCCAGGUCUGUAGCUCCCACGCCCCACCAGGAUGGCGCUUCACGUCCUCUGAAGUUGUGAUCCCCAGGAAGGUGACCCACAGGUUGCGUGGAGCCGGGACACCGGGCCAGCUGGCCUACAAGUUUCACUUCAGGGGCCAAAGACACGUGGUUCACAUGAAAGUCAAGAAGAACCUGCUGCCCAGACAUUUUCCUGUUAUCACCAGUAAUGAUCAAGGCGCCUCGCAGGAGGACUACCCCUUCAUCCCUCGAGACUGCUACUACUAUAGCUACCUGGAAGAGGUCCCUGGGUCCAUGGGCACGCUGGACACCUGCUAUGGGGGCCUGCGUGGCAUGUUGCAGGUGGACGACUUCACCUAUGAAAUCAGACCAUUGGAGGCGUCUUCCAAAUUUGAGCACGUGAUUUCUCUUCUAGUGACCGAAGAAACUGCCGCGGUGGAGAAGUGUAAGAUUGGCGAGGAAGGUACAAAUCCCGUGUAUGAAGAGGCAACUUUUACUGAAACUCCUAGAGCGGGCCCCGUUUACUUUUGGUGGCCACAUAAGAAAUACUUAAAAAUACACUACACAGUUUCUAACUCCUUCUAUAGGAUAAUGCCUAAUACAACACAAAUUAUACAGUAUGUGGUGGUGAUGAACAGCAUAAUGCAUUCCAUUUACAAAAUAAGCAAGUUAGACAUACACAUACGAGUUUUGUUCAUAUGGAACAAAGUAGAUCUUGAGUAUCUUGGAGAUGAGUAUACUCCGCCUAUUCACAUUUUGGAAACAUUUGGUUUAUGGAAAUAUCUUAAUAUCUGGAGAUCUAUUGAACACGAUUUAUCACUGCUUCUUACAGGCCAAAAAAUAGGCAAAGCCUAUUAUUUUUCCUUCCAGGGUGGGGUCUGCCAAGCCAACUGGGGAGUAGCAUUUUUAUAUGUAAGACAGUUACAGGUCAUUCUAAGUUCAAGUAUGGCUGCACAUGUGAUAGGUCAUAGUUUGGGCCUCCCCCAUGAUGAACCUGGUUGUACCUGUUUUCGAAGAAUUGCCUGUCUCAUGGCCCCAGUACCUAAUAUUCUUGAUAUGAUGAGCAAUUGUUCUUAUAAUAAUAUAUAUAAUCGGAUUCAUUUAUGGGAUUCUUGUUUGAGUACCAAAAACAUUCCGUAUGAUAAUUUUCCUUAUGAGGCUUCCCGUUGUGGUGAUACUGUCAUAAAUUCGGGAGAAGAAUGUGACUGUGGCACCUUUAAAGAUUGCCUUCAAAACCCCUGUUGUGCAACCAAUUGCUCCUUCACCCUGGGCAGUCUUUGCAGUAGAGGGGAUUGCUGUGUUCGCUGUCAAUAUGCUCCCCCUGGACUGACCUGCAGAGACAAACUUGGGAUUUGUGAUCUACCGGAAUACUGUGACGGCAAAACCCACGAUUGUCCAAAUGACUUUUACAUCCAGGAUGGAACCCCGUGUUCCCCGUUGGCUGUUUGUGUGCAAGGAAACUGUAGUGACCGUGAAAUGCAGUGUCAAGCCCUUUUUGGAUACAAAGUAAGAGACGCUGCACCAGCAUGCUAUGAAAAAUUGAAUGUGAUUGGCGACCGCUUUGGAAACUGUGGGGUGAGGGCACUACGUGGAGGAGGCAAACCUGUUGCAUGUCAUGUAGAUAAUGUGUUCUGCGGAAUGCUGCACUGCCGUGAUGUCCGACUAGUUCCCGGUGGAGGGGAGCACACUACAUUUCACCAUAUAAUAGUCCAGGGUGUUAAAGAAGAGGCCUGCUUUGGAUAUGACGCCCACUGGGGGGCAGAAGUGCCAGAGAUGGGGCUGGUAGUGGAUGGUGCGACAUGUGGGCCAGGAAAGUACUGUGUAAAACAGAAAUGUACUUAUCAUGAAGACAUAGGUUUUGACUGUGAUGUCAGCACAUGCAAUUUCAGAGGAGUGUGUAACAACAAGAAAAAUUGCCACUGUGUGCAAGGUUGGAACCCACCAUCAUGUAAUGAGACUGGAGAAGGUGGUAGUGUAGAUAGUGGCCCGCCACCUAACAGAGAAAAACGUGGCCGUGUCAAAAUACUGAGUAAUUUGAACCUAAUGCUACUUCUAGUUAUUGUUCGGUUAAUCUUUUUUCUGCUCACAUUCUGUCUUGCAAUCUAUUUCAAAGUAGAAACUGAUAAGAGAAAAGAAAAACAAACUGAUGAGACACAGAUCCUGUAUCCUGAAGAACAAACUGAUGAGACACAGACCCUGUCUCCUGAAAAACAAACUGAUGAUACAGAGACCCUGCAUCCUGAUGAACUAUCUGAAAAUGAAGGAGAAAGUUUAAUUGCAAGUGACACAGAGAAAUGAUCAAUAAUCAUUCUGAUAAUUUCAUAUACAUAGAGGUAUUCUGAGGUUGUCAUCUUGAAAUAAAUGACUUGGCAAUUUAAAUUG